GCCUGUCAUUUUGAUGCGACCGCCAUUGGGGAUAUCAGAUGACCUUGUGACUCUUGUUGAGAGCAGCUGGGGGGCUUACUCUUUCGGCAUACCCCAGAGUUUGCUGGGCUCUGCCAUGCUGUGUGAUCUAAAGCUGAUCAGCAAGGAUGGGUUUGGUUACUGUCUGUCCAAACUGCUCCUCCAGAAUACAACCAACCACAGUUGCCAGACACUUUCCCCAAAGGAACUCAUAUGGCCAGUCAGUAAGGACCGCUAGCUACCUGGAGCCGUCUACGGCUCUUGUGACAGAUGCCCACAAACAAGGCCUUGAGGUGUUUGCCUAUGGCUUUGCAAACGAUAACUACAUCCCUUACAACUAUAGCCUUGACCUGGCGAACGAGUACCUCCAGUUCAUUGACAACUCUCACUUCUGGCGAGACCCCAUUGUGAUGGUGGCACCAUUUUAUACAUAUCUUUGUUGUGAUUGCAGAGAGUUGGUCAUUUCCCACAAUGGGGCUAGUGGCGACUACCCGGGAGGGUCAGAUAUUGCUUAUCAGAAAGCGAUAGACGAUGGUGCUGACAUAAUCGAUUGCAACGUCCAGCUGUCGAAAGACGGAGUCGCGUUCUGCCCGGACUCUGCCGACCUCAAGUUCACAACCACAGCAGGAACAGCUUUCAUGGAUAGAGUGGAGCAAAUCGAAGGGGUUAACGAUGGGCAGCCAGGGAUUUUCUCCUUUGGUCUUACCUGGGUUUAAAUCCAGUCCCUAAAGCGUAAGCAAAGCUCGCUCAUUCCAAGACAAUUACAAGUUUUUUUUUUGUCUUGAGCUUCUCCUAACUGUCUGACUUAGCAGCUAAAAUCAAGUCUCCAUACGAGGCGCCAUUGGACAGGAACCAUGCAUACCAAUUUAAUAAACUUUGACCUCAAAU